ACUCCAGAAUAGCGCGCGGCGGCGGAGGAGCAGCAGCAGCAGCAGCAACAACCACACGGAACCGUUUAGCAUUUUUCUCCGGGUCCUUUCCGCCAAUGCUUGUUUGUUUAUGCGGGGUUUGUUCGGUCCACAUCGAGGCUGGUAGGAGGGGAGAGCGGCGGGGAUGGCGCUGAAGGAGAACCAGUGUUACGGACUGUCCGGUGGUAAACUGAGCCGCGGUGGAAACGUCUCUGUUUUUCAUGUGAAACUCACUGACAGCGCGGCAAGAGCCAUUGGCUCUUUUCAGAACGGCAAGGUAGGUUGUUUUUAACACUAACUCCUCGAAUAAUCAUCCAAAACACACAUUUAGGCUCCUCACUUCGCUGAGGAGAGCCUUGGUUGAAAAUGUAGUGAUAAGGAAAGACGAGUGAGGUGUGUUUGUGCUUUUCAUUUGAGCCGAAGUUCCCCAGCACCUUCCUCGUUUGUUGUCUCCUCUGAGCCUCCUUUUGGCUCUGAAAUGGGAAUACAUGUUGCAUAAUGCAAUGCGGAAACGCUUCACUGUGUGAUGAUGCUCGUAACAAGCUGCUGGCCAAGUGGUUAGAAGCUGCUGGCUUGUGUUAAACAUGUUAAUCAGUGUUGGAGUAGGAAAGAAAGAAAGAGAAAGAAAGAAAGGACCCAGGCUGCUGCUGCUGCUGCUGGGGGGGAAACAGGCUGGUAGUAGGAGGGUCUGUGGGAUUGAAUCUGAGAGUGACAGAGUACCAAUCAUUGCCAUUGUUAACAUGAAUAGAGUUGCUGUCAGGUUUCAUCUUCUUGAAAGCUUCUGGGGGACACACACAAAUAUGGUCAGAGUCAAACACAAACACAGCAGCCUACAGAUGGGCUUCAUUUUAAAGAGGAGAAUACAAACUCAAAUCAUAGGGGAGAGUGGGGUAAGAUGAGACAUUUUUCAUGUUUCCUUCAUGAGCCAAUGUUUACAGAGGAAAAGCAAAACUCUCUGGACUAAAAGAGUGAUGUUCUCUUAAAAUGAGCUAAAUUCCUUGGUUACUAUAUUCUGUAGUAGCUCUGACCAUUGGCAAGUAGGGGAGAGUGGGGUAGAGCAACCUCAGAAACCAGGAUGUCGCCUAGAGGAUGAGAUACGGGCCUAGUCUAGUUGUCUGACGCGCUUUGUCAAUGAUCCUCUGAGAUGGGAACAACUUAGAAAAAACGAAAACAAUCAACAAAAAGACGAUACCAACUAAAGAAACUGCGAUCACUAGACUUAACGAGCAUGUUUGCAUGCGGUCAAAAAUAUGGCGACCCACUCAAACCUCUUCCCAGGUGAACAGGUGCUUAAAUCAACGAAGUGACACCGCCCAUACUCCCGUGACCCAGAUUCCACAAAUCACUGCGACCAAUCACAACAAAAUACCAAAACAAAUCAAGAGCGUAACCACAAACCUUUACCUUGCCCUCAUGGCUCCUACACCCUAUAUAGGUGACUACAUGGGGAUCAGCGCCAUUUUGAGGGGUAUCUGAAACCUCGGUGAUCAAUUCCAGUGCCCUAUGUAGGCGACUCAAAAUUUCCCAUAAAGCAUUGCAUCCCGUCAGUGCUGCGUCAUGCCAUGUAGUGUCUGAAACCUCUGGUGAUUGAGUUCACUACAUAGUCAGCUAUAUAGUAAAACCCCAUAUGAGGGUUAGGGAUUAGGGAUUGAGUGAUUCAUUUCGGACACAGCCGAUGUUUUAACUAGUGUAUCUGCAUAUGGGUCAAUGACGUGAUGCAGUUUCUUUUAUGUUCCCAUGGUUGACUUAAAUUUAAAAAAGGUAUAAUUAAAAAAUAAACUCACCAAUUACCUGGAUACAUCCUCUUUUUAAAGACCUUUUCUAAAAUUUCUGGAUUUUAUGCAUUUUGAGGGAAUAUUUUGGGAAUAAUGGGGAAAAUGUCAAUGUGUUGUAACCAUAAAAACACAGUACCAAAUAUUUCAUACUUUAGGCCAAAGUUUUCAGCAUUUCUUCUGCUCUAUUUUGCAAAAAUGCAUCCAAUUUUUUUUUGUAAAGAAAAUCCAAACAAAAUGUUUUUUCAACUGAUAUGUUAUAAUUAAGCAACUUAAGUAAACUUGCGUACACUAAAAAGUGGAAAUAACUUUGUUGUGGUUGUGUUUGUUGUGGUUACACCUCUUGACAUUUUCAAAGGAAAUCCAUCAUUCAUUUUGUAAAAAAAAGGUUUAAAUGCUAUUUGAAAUUAUACGAAACCAACAGAGAUACAAAAUCAGAAUUAAAAUGUUGUUUUACAGCUGAGGCAUUGUCCUCCAAAGUUCAGUCUCUGUCCUUGUCAUGUAAGCUAUUGAGUUUAGGCUGUAACCGCUCUCUGUAGGCGGUGCACCAUAGGCUAUCUACUGGAACAAUGAAGAGCAGCAAUGAAGAAGCACUCAUGAUUUUUCCAGUGGACUUUACGUGAAACCACUCCACUUCACAUAAAACCACUCUUACUAACACAUGACAGGCCCUCUGUGGUUACAGACCGAGCUGACACAGGUUGUGUCUGUAUUAGAGGAAAUGUGGUUUUAUUCAAAUCAGAAUGAAUGGUGUUAGUUGUAUUGGUGUUGUUACCUGCAAGUUGAAACAUAGUUUUACGAUCUAGAAAAUAACUUUCCUUCCAGUGUAAAACCCGCCUUGAUGAGCAGAUUGACAGAUUGUAUCUCUGUGUGUAUUUCCAGAUUGAUCCGUGUGUAUUUUUUUCAUGACUAACUCAUUCAUAAUUCAUCUUCGAGGUUUCGUUUUCACUCAAAAAAUGUCGCCAGAUAAAAAUUUGACACGGCUAAUGGGAAAUGAAUCCGACUCAGCAGGAAGUCUGAGCAGAGAGGUGUUAUGUAGACUUCCUCAAUUCUUUGUAACACAGAUGGGAAACUCCUGAGGGGAGAAAAUUACUGACACAGAGAUAUUUCAAAUGAAGGUGUGGUUUUGAGUGUAAUGCCGUCAUAAAGACAGAAGAGAAGCGGGCACACACCUUAAAAAAAAUAAAAUAAAGUGUCAUACAUGCACAAAAUACCGUUGUUUCUUUUUUUAGUUUGUCAGUGUGUUCGCAUGACCCACUUGGCCUGAUUACACCUCCAUGUAUCCAGGCCAAAUUGUUUACAGGCCACCAGACUUGCUCACAGCUCAAAUCAACAGGUGGACUCAACCAAACUGACUUCACGAAAAGGUCAACUGAGUUUUAGCAAUCGUAUAGUUUCGACCUGUGUGGUGAAAGUGUCUCUUUGGCAGAGGUGGGGGCGUUUGACGACCCGACCCGAGACUCGACUUGGACUUGAGUCCCGUUUUUGACUUGCUUGAUGAAAUCAAGAAAUGACUUGGACUUGCUUGGGACUUGAUUGCUAAAGACUUGAGACUUGACUUGACUUGAGCCCAGUGACUUGGAAAGUCAAGUCAAGUCUUUUCAAGUCACUUAAUACCUUACAGCAAGCCCAAACCGUUUAAAAAGUGUCGCAUCAACUAAUAGUCAGGAAUUACAACUGUUGGUAACACCAUGUUGUGUUGCCAAGUCUGCUUAUUUCCCGCAAAAGAAUCGCUUGUUUUUGGCUUGUUUCUGGAGGUCUGUUUCCUUAUUUCUCCCACAAAACUUGGCAACACUGUCUCAAACUCUAGCCUCCCUCAUAACGACAACACCGGGAGGACUUAACAUAAAUCGCUCGCUAGUAUUGCCCGCCUGUUUCCACGUGUUGCACAAAUGGUUUAUGACUUUGAUAUGACUUGUUUUUGACUUGAUAGAAACGGUAAGGACUUGGUUGGGACUCAAAACAAAAAGUUCAGGACUUGGACUUGACUUGAGACUUGAGAGCAAAGGCUUGAGACUUGACUUGGACUUGCAACAGAGGGACUGUCCCCCACCUCUGCUCUUUUGACUGUCAUUUCUACACUUUUCUGCCCAGGCUGAUGUUCUCCUGUGUGAGAUGACAGCCUAUUAUUUCUCUCCUCGGUUCUUGUGUGACAGGCUGCUGCAGUUGAAGAGCAGGUUGUAAUGAUUACCACAGUGAUCUCAAAACCAAACUGAACUGGUUCAAAGGGAAAUCUUGCACACCGGUGAUAUAUUUGAGAGGAAGGUUGUGGAGUUUUCACUUUAUGUAUAAAUAAUGCAACAAUCAAAUUUUUUAGACAAUAUCUGUGCAGGGGCUUCAGAGGAGGUUAUAUCAGCAGCAGUGUGUUGUAUGCAGACAGUUUUUGUCUAAAGGUGUUGUUGAUUUAAGGUCCUUUCACACCGGGACCGUUUUUGUCGUGCGAUUAUUUCGGGCGUCAAUAUUUUUUUUUUAACCCGUAUCCUGUCAAUACAAGCGUUCAAAUCAGCGAUGUUUUCCCGUUCUGCGAUAUUGCGGCAUUUAUUUAAAUUUUAAGUAACUUCAUUUUUUAUUGCUUGCUGUAGAAAAAUUUUGAUUAAAUUAAAAUUUCAUAAAGUUUCAUUUCAGUCUGUCAGGGCCAAGAAAUUUGCUCUUAUUUUGAGAAUUCUUGUCAAGCUUAAGGUUUUUUUGCUUGAUACAAGAUUAUUUGAUUGAAUAUAAGAAUAUUUUGCUUCUUUCUAGUAGGGCUGUUUUUGCAGAUUGGCUCUGGGUGUGUUUUACUCGCAGCUGCUAAAUCAAUGUGGAGCCGCCAGCUGCGAGCACUCGUGUCUGCUUCGCUCACCUCUUCUAACUCCUUGUUCCUAUUUUAGUUUUAAAUUAAGCUGAGCGGACUGUUUUUCUGUUGUGUUGAGCGUUUCGGUCAAAGUCAAGAUUGAAUCAUCAAGAAGCUUUGAUAUAUGAUCUAUUUGUGUAGUUUAUACCACUAAAUAUAUAUAUUAAACAACCACUCCUUCUUCUUUGGGAGUAAAAUUCCUCUUUUAUUUAAUACAUUAAAGCAAAUGUUACUAGUUUGCAGUGCAGGAUGGCGGUCCUCCUGUAUGUGGAUAGAAAGGCUCCUUUUAACUUAAAAACAAUUGAAUUUUUUAUACUCAAAUCAUGUUUUAAGGCGUUCAUUUCUACUGAGUCUGUUUUGCCUAAACAUCACACACUGCACCUUUAACUUAGCAUGUCAAGUCCACGUGUGUUUAUCAGAGUAACUCAAAUGUACACAGAUUAAUUGAUUGAUCUUUCUCCUCCAGGCUUUGACCUCCCAUCCCACCAUCUGUUUUAAUGGAAAUCAAGGGGUAAGACCUGCUGACUUAUUCACUGAUAGCAUCGCUUACGUUGCUGCUGCUGCUAUUAAUAACUCUGUGAAAAAUCUGAAAUAUAAUCGUUCUCUUCCUGACCUCUUUCUCCUACGUCACAGAGAAUCACCAUCCCCUGCUCGGAUGAUAAAGACGACUGGAGAGUAUUCUCCUUUGGUGUGACCAACGUCGCUCGUGAUAAUCCACACGGGAGCUUUGACUGCGUGCAACAACUCAGCUCUGGGUAAAUCAAGCAAGGAGGCAAAAACAAGAACAAGCUGUUGAUUUACACUUUUUGGAUUUAAAGUUGCAAUAGGAAGUUUUUAGCUGGUUAUGAAACAGAAAUGAAUACGUAGAUAUAGGCCUAGGCGAUUUGGCAACAAAAAUGAUCACAAUAUAUUUUGUCAUAUCGCCCGAUCUUGAUUGUUAUCAUGAUUUUUUUUAACUGCCUGUUUUAAAGCAUCUGUACUAAAAACUAAAGAAGCCAGAGAUUAGUUCAACAUUUUAUUAACAUGUAAAGUAAAUAACAAAGCAAAUCGAAUAAGAUAAACUUAGAAAAAUAUAAAAACAUUUUAACUCAACAGAACAACAAACGUAGAUAAAUACUAGAUAAUACAGUGAAUUAGUUUACCUGAGUGUUUUUGAAGGUAUGCAAGACCCAAAAUAAACAAAUCAUCCCCUCAGAGAUAAUGAAGACGCCUUAAAAUGUAAACAUUAGAUGAUGUAGAUGUAAAUGAUACAAUUAAUCGCUGCCUAGGUCUGGUGGCUGCACUGCUAGUAGUGGCUAAACUGCUAAUGCUACUCGUGCCGUCAGCAGUGACAGACUGUACAGACUCCGCCCACAUUUUCAUGCUUUCUGCAUAGUCAUUGGGGAGGUAUAGCCGGUUUUUGAGGGCACCGAUUGCCGACAUACCUCGCUCAUCAGCUGAAUUACUCAACAUCACUUUGGCGAUACCUAAACCACCGCCACACAACCGACGUAGAAUAACUUCUCAACAAUAACAUUUUCGGAGAAUGACUCAAAGUCAUGACUGACAACUAUCUUGCUGCCCUCAGCUCCGUGUUUAGCUCCACGCUCGGCCAUUCUGUUUACUUCUCUGGUAACUUACAGAAGUGAGCAGGAAAAGCUCGACUGAUUGGCUGUUGUGACGCACAUUUCCUUUAUGUUUGAUUGAGUAAAUAUGCUCACAGCUGAUCACUGUGAUCGAACUGAAAUUUAUCACCAUCAUAUAAUCACCCAGUCCUACUUAGAUAUGACCUGCAAAUGCCUAAAAAGACAAUUAGAGAUUAUUAUUAGUAUGCAGUCUUUUUAUAUGUCAGUUUGAUGAAGACUUUAGAUGAGGAUAUUUGAUCGUGCUCUGCCAAAAUGUGCCUUAUUUAUGUUUCUUUGCACCGUGAGUGGUCUAAUAAAAAAAUUAAAGAAUGGACUUUUAUCGGAAAGCAGAGCUGACACGUACAGGACACUAUGGAUGGUUUUGUCCACAGGCAAAAUCAAUGCAAACUGCGUGUCCUCUUACACGCUUCAAGUAACUUUCAUAUUAAGUUGAGUUGCAUAUAAAGCUGAAUUAUGAGUGGAUGUGGCGGAAAGCUGCUCGAUUAACAUUAAAAGAAAAGAGCGAAAGACUGAUGCUAUAAAAACAGGAAGAACCCAUAUUUAAUUCUUCAAUCAUAACUCUGAAUCUGUAAUCAUGUUUGGUGCACAUUGAUUGCAUGAUUAUAUGUUUAUUUUGUCUUUUUAUGCUCAUAAUUAGCCGAGCCUCUGAACAUUUUCCAAUAUUUUAAAAUGUCUCCCCUCCGCCUCCCCCUACUGCUGCCUGAAAGUCACCCCCGCUGGCAUCGACUCUCUAUCGUGUCUCUUUUUAAAUGCCAGGGCUCCUGACUGAACUGGUCGAGGACACCCUGAAAUGAAGAGAAGUGAAUCUGAUAAAUGCCAAGAAUCGUGAAUAUGGGCAGUUUGACUCUUCACGCAGAUAUAAAGCAACCUUUAGAUCAAAAUUAAUGUGAAACAACAUGUAGGCUUACAGUCUUUGUGACACGCACCUACAUGAAGACUCUUAAGAUAUUCGCAUCAGUACACAGCUGUCCGUAACUUCCUCUCCUCUUCCUCCCAGGGUUGCAGAAGAGCUGUCAUGUCUCGGGGUGAUUCAGAAGAAGAUGACGGUCAGAGCCACGGAUGACUCGUACGAUAAGGCGCGUCAGAGCAUGGCCCAAGUCGAGGAGGAGACUCGCAGCCGAGGGGCGAUCGUCAUCAAGCAGAGCGGGCGCUACCAGGGUGAGAAGAGAUGCACACGUACGCGCUCUUGAGUCUUCUCGGUUAUACAAGAGGACUAAAACUGGCCCGGAGACAGAUUUGUACUGAGCUGAAGAUAUCCCAAGAAAUAAACAAAAAAAAAAAAAAUUUGCUGGUCAUAGCGCAUUAGUCGCCAUAGCAACAUGUGUGGUAACCAGUGACAUAUGGCCUUUUUUCCCCUUUUAAGUCUUUUCUACACAGUGCAUGUGUUAUAAUUAGUCUUAUUCAUGUCAUGAGGUCAUUUCAAAGGGUGCUGAGUUUCCAAAACGUAAUUAGCAAACGCACUCUGACAAACACACUCAGCCAAAAAUGCAAACGCAUGACAAAUCCACGUUUUAUAGUGUCAUCGCCGUCUUUCUUCUUGCAAUCGCCAAACCACUUCCCUCGAAACAGCCGCCGCAGCCAGCGUCAUCCUUUCUCUGAAAGCACUCACACGCACAAAUGAGACACACAAGCAGACACGCACACAACUUUUGAGGGUUUUUUUUAUUUUUUUAUUUCAUGUCAGUGGAAGCUUGAUAAGUAAACACUUCCUCAUUUGCUGCAGGCUGGUGCAACUGUGUGGUUAUUUCCUGAAUUAGACAUCAGCUAUCACUCACUGAAGUGUGUGCGUGUGUUUGUAUGAGCAUCUUUGUAACCUCUCUGUGGGUUUCUAGAGAGGUGAAACAAGGUUUUCUACCUUUUCAUCAACAAUACUGCAACAGAACAAACACCACGACUUUCUUUCUCUCAGUCAGCCAGAUCAAACCCACAAGAAGCAGCUUUUUUUUUCCACGCAGCAGGUUUACACAUUCUCUACUUACUGAUUCACCGUAAAGAGCAAGGUUAAAAAACAAAGCUGACUGGCCUCUGACGAUGGAAAACUCUCCCUUUGAAACUCACAAGAAUAUUUUAGACAGUAUUUUAGCUUCAUAAUGUUCGUGCUGAUUUUGAUGUGAGAUUUCCUGCUCUCUUGCAGUCAAGAAGGUGACAGUGCGAGCCCCGGCUCCUGCGCUGGCAAGCCUGACAAAGCCCCGACACCCGGCCCAGCCUGCGGUCAGAAACAUCAGGAAAGGGGUCGUCCUGUCGAAGCUGAGGAAGAGCGCCUACACGUCACACAGGAAGAGCGUGGCUGAACUGCAGGGCAGGCCGCUCAGGGAUCGAGUUACACACCUGCUGGCUCUGAGGCCGUACAGGAGGCCUGAGCUGAUCCUGAGGCUGCAGAGUGAUGGACUGACAGCAGGAGACAAAGACAUGCUGGACUCUGUUCUGACGGAGGUGAUUUUCUCUUUGUCUUUACGGUUGAUUGAAAGUGUUAGAAGACCUGAGGCAUUUCACACUCAGCACAGAUAACAACAUGCCCGACACAUUCUGUGGCCUAAAAAAGCAACCACUCAGGAAAUAACCCUGAGUGGCUGCAUGUGAACAUACAAAUCCAAAUGUGUUGAAACUAGAAGUUGCAUUAACUGAAUAUUUUCUUCAUUUAGCAGAUAAAAAAAGACAGAAAAUAUGGAUUCUGUCUGUCAUUUUGAAAAAGUAGAACACUCAGGAUGAUCCACUCUACCAUGUCACUCUGUGCUCACACUGUUCCUCUGCUUUAGUUGCACACACCGGCUGAUCCUCUUGCUCUCAGCCUGCUUUGCUGAAGGUUGUUAUGACACUAAUUCAUCAUAAACACCAACAACAAGCUUUUUCCUAAAUGAAAAUGGGGGUUAUGUUUAGGGCCCGACCGAUAUGGAUUUUUUUGGGGCCGAUACCGAUUAUUAGAGGGGAAAAAUAUCCGAUUACUGAUUAAUCUGACGAUUUUUUAAUUUUUUUAUGAAGUUAUAAAAAAGACAUAUAUGCAGCAGAUAUCUACAGUAUACUAUAGACUGUAGAUAUACUGUAGGCUACUGCUCUUCACGCCAACAGGAAGACAGACUGAUUACACUCGGACCAUAAAAGUGUUUUCACUCCGUCACCCUUGAAACAUGUCACCAGAUCAAGUCGUAUAAUGAAAAUGACGAAAUGAAUCAUACCCAGGGCCUAAGUUGAAAAAGUAAGGAGCCCACAAAGAACUUUAGGUGCACAAUAAAAAAUUGAUCAAAUAAUGUGUGUCUUAUUGGUCGACAUAAGUACUAUUAAUUGAAAUCAAUUAUAGGUCAAUUGGUCACAUGUAAUAGAAGCUAUUAAAGAAAAUGGUCAAAAUUUGCCUUUAAAUUUAACACAGAAAUUUUUUUAGAGGACAAAUUAGUGAAAAAAAGAGUGUGUCUUAUUGUCCGACCUUAGUACUAUUAUUUGAAAUCAAUUUUUGGUCAAUAGUCACAUGACAUGGAAGCUAUUGAAGGUAAACAGCCUUUUUUGAGAACAUCAACCAGUAAUUUAUUGAUGGUCCCUUAUUCAACACCCGACGUUGACAGCGAGGGUGCCGAGUAGAUUUAACUGCGCUGCUGUUGCUAUUCUAGUGAAAAGACACCGAUAGAUCCCUGGUGAAUGUCUGUCGAAAAUAUCCAACCUAAAACUGACUACGCCGCGGUAUUUACAUAAAAAAACAUUUGUUGGCUGAUUUUAUUUACGCGCCCAUGUGCCUCUAAAUACAUUUUACAAUUCGCACACAUGUAUUUUUAGUUGCAGAUGCGAGUAAAAGGGUCGCACUGUCGAGCCCUGAUACCUGAGUCUUAACCUGUUUUUUUGUGUUUAAUGUUGUUGCAGGUCGGCCAGCUCAGUACUAGAGACAAAACAUUUAGUCUCAAAGACGGCCUUUAUAAAGAUCUGCAGAAAGACUGGCCCGGCUACACGUCAGGAGACCAGCAGCUUCUCAAACGCAUCCUUGUCAGGUAAUAAACAGAAAACUUCCUGCUACAUUUUUUUCCAUUCAGAGCGCUCAGGUGAAUCCAACUCUUCUUCUUCUUCUUCUUCUUCUUCUUCUUCUUCUUCUUGCUGGGUAGGAGACUGUUCCAGCCACAGGCAAACCUUCUCAGCGUACCUGAAGCCCAGGUCAGCCCACUGAGAGACACCCCCAACUCCUCCCCAGCCCACCCCCCGAAACCUUCUCUGCUCACGGAAUACACCGACCCCCUGCUGAGUAAGAAGCCCAGGAUAUCUCACCUAUCCGCCAAAACAGCCAGCGACAGGUCACGAGCGAGGACACCCCGGCAACCGGCUCACAAAAACGGUACAGAGGCGACGGAGGAUGACAAGCCGAAGAAUCCGCUCGAUCCUCGUAAGCUUUUUGACUCCCUGUCAGCUGUCUGUCAGCAAGAAGAAGACGUGGCGAAACGGCUCGAACCGACUCAUCCUCCCUCUCAGGAGGAGCCUGACAGCACCGCAGCAGACCAAACAAAACUCAACCCUGAUCCUUCAUCUCCUCCUGUAGCGCCUGAUCAGGACAGACACACAAUCAAAAGGAAGAAGAGCAAACACAAACACAAAGAUCAAGUAGGGAAACUGUUUUUUUUUUUAAAUGUUCUUUUAAAUGAUGAUUUCUUUAACGCACUGCUGAGAUUGAUUUUUUCGUUUUGUUUGCAAAGGAGAAGGAUCGGGGGAGGGAAAGAAAAGAGAGAAAAAAAGAUCCUCAUUUAGAGGAUUCUGCACCUGUGGACUUCACGGGUGAGUCAUGUUACCUUUCAGCACGUCGCUUUAUGCUCAGUUUUUAAGCUUUUUAAAAACUGUCUGACUUUUCUUCUAUUUAGAGCCUAGUGAAAUUUUGUUUGACGCUAAUCUGCUUCAAGAAGACAAAGACGCGGCAGACUAUUUAUCGUAAGUGAAUCUUUUCUGCUGCUUAAGUCAAAAAAGUGUAUCAACAGAAGCCUCCAUAAAUGAGUCUGAUUUGUUCCUUUUCGCUGUACUCUGCAGGUCAUAUACAAAGAUUCAAAGUAACGACCAGAGGCAAACCUACAAGCAGGACUUCAACAGGGAGUACAGCGAGUACAGAGAUUUACACGCUCGUAUUGAAGGCGUGACACGGCAGUUCAUGGGGCUGGACACGCAGCUCAAACAGCUGCACCACCAGUCACACAAGUACAAGGUGAACAAAGAUAUCCAGCACUUUGAAAGGCUCAACAAAACCCUUGUUUAUUAUCUUCUCACAGGUUUCACUCAAUAUACGUGUUUUUUUGUAUUCUCUUGCAGACGGUUCAUGAUCAAAUCGUCCAAGAGUAUCGCAAAAUUAAAAAGGUAACAAGCUUUUGAGAAUUUUCAGCAUUAAGGUCCUUUCGCACGGAGACUGAUUUUGUCAGACGUCAAUAUUUUUUCCUGUCAUUACAAGCGUUCACAUCAGCGACGUUUUCCCGUCCUGCAGUAUUGCAACAUUUAUUUUUUGGGAUUACGGUCAAAUUUUCUGAAGUUUUGCACACUGUGUGUCCACUUCUGUCCAAUCAGAUUGCAUGUUGUUGGGUGUCUGAUUCACCGUUAUAUCCAACAUGGCCGACCUGCUGAUUGUUUACGUGUCGGAGAACAGAGUGCUUUUUGAUAAAAGACACAAACAUUACAAAGAUAAUGACCUGAAGGACAACUUGUGGAGAGUUAUAGCGUCGGAUUUCUCAUAUUUUGCUCAGUUUGAUAAACGUCUUUGUUUUAACCGUCAUCUGUGCUAACGUAAGCUAACAGUUGUUACCAUAGCUUCAUGUGCUUAUCUUAUCGCCUCUGAUUGGCAAUAAGUGCUGACUGUUUGGCUUGAGCGUGUAAUGACAUUUCCAGCUUUUCUAGCGAAUCAGAGGCGAAGGAGGCAGGAUUUUUCCUCGGAAAGUCGCAAAAUCGCAUCGGGCUUGAUGUGUUUAGUCAGGCGUGUCAAAAUUCGCCUCUGAAUAUUUCGUACUUUCGCGUUCUAUAUUCGUGUCGGCCCCGGUGUGUGAGGACCUUAAACGCCAAGAUUUAUGCAUGGUAAAAGUCCGCUCUGCUGUUUCUCUGCUGUUUCAACAUUUUCCUUAUUUCUUUUCAGUCAAACCCGAACUUUGACCAGGAGAAGAUUCGUUGCGAGUUUCUUCACAAAAAACUGGCGCACAUCAAGAAGCUCAUAUCCGAGUACGACCAACUGCAACUCAGCGUGGACAGCUCAGGUCCCAACUGAAGAGGUUAACCACCAGGUUGGCGAAGUGAAUUAAAAGCCAUCGAGGUGGAAUCCGUGGUUUUUGAGGCUGAACAUACUCUCAAGAGAUGAUGUUCAGGGUACGUCACUGCAGCUGGGAGAGUUUGUGAAAAGCGGCAGUGGUAUGGUUGGGUAAUAGCCCUUUAAUUCAGGAUCUUGAUGAAGAACUUUGAAGAUGUUUUGGAGUAGAGAUUAACCGGUGGGCUGCUACAAGAGUGAUAUAAUACUGCCAAGGACAGCAGGAGGAAUAGUGGCUUUACAAAGGAUCUUAAAGCUCAAACUCAGUUUUUUAACAUGCAAAUACAUACACUGUAUGUGGAGAUGAGGUGCUAAGUUCAAAACCGUUUGUAGAUUUACCCCAUCCCACUAUUUCUGUGAAUUAAACCAGCCUCGGUGUUGCUUCUGUGUUCUGUUAGCCAUGUCAGUGUUCAAGCAGGCAGCAUGAAAUAACUGCACGCUGUACAUACCCAGACAGCUCUGAAUCACAGGUACGAGUUCUCAUUACAGAGGUGUAGAUGUUUACAUCCUGAGAAGGCAUGUUGUUGAGGUUCAUGUCUGAUCUCUGAUCUGCUCUCUACCCACCCCUGAAAGUAUUGUCACUGCCUGAAAUGGUUUUUACUUCUGUGCUGGAUCCAUCGUACCCCAAUGGUGUUCAUGUUCCUUUCCUGGAGCGCAGAGGACUGUUAAAUAAAAUGCCAUCUUGAAGUUGUAUUCAGGGAAAAUGCCUCAAGAGUUGCAGUUUAAGUGCUGAAACUGAUUUAAGUGGUAAGAGAACAAAAAGAAGAAAAAGAUAAGAUGUCGCAUGCUUUGUACUUUACAGAAUGCAUGUAAAAUAAAUCAGAAUUUCAUGUCAGAGUUUCAAAUAAAUACAUUUGUAUCCAUA